AUGUCCAAUUCAUCAAAAAAAGCUCUACUCCACUUCAAAUCCACCCUCACCACCACCCUCAAUUCCAGUUCCCUCCUAGAAUCAUGGAAUCCCAAUUCCGACUGUUGUUCUUGGGACCUCGUCAAUUGCAGUAGAACCAAAACAAGAACUGUAACCGAGCUCCACUUAUCCGACAUCGUCCCUACAUUCACUCCAGUUCCGGUGUUCUCAAACAUCUUAACCCCGCUUUUCCAAAUCCGGACAUUGAAAUUACUUGAUAUCUCCAUGAAUUGGUUGCGAGGGGAGAUCCCCGGAGAUGGAUUUGCGAAUCUCACUGAACUGGUUCACCUUGACAUGAUGCAGAAUAGCUUCAAUGGCUCCAUCCCAGACCAAUUUUUCCGGUUAAAGAAUCUCCGUUACUUGGACAUGAGCGAGAAUAGGCUUGAAGGUGGACUACAAUCCGAACUGGGUUCUUUCCCGAAUUUGACAACACUAAAGUUAAGUUUGAAUCGUUUCGAGGGUUCAAUUCCUCCUCAAAUUUUCGAACUUGAAUCUCUACAGGUUCUUAACCUAAGUAACAAUAUUCUUCAGGGUGUUUUAAGUAGUCGCCUUUCUGGGUUAAAGAAUUUACGUUACUUGGACUUGAACAGCAAUUCGUUACAGGGGAUGUUAGGACCUGAAUUGGGGUCUUUUCGGAAUUUGAUUUCACUAAGGUUAAGUUCAAACCUUUUCCAUGGUUCAAUUCCUUCCGAACUUUUUGAACUCGAAUUUCUUCAGAUUCUUGAUCUUAGUAACAAUACUCUCAAAGGUGUUUUAAGCCCUAAAGUUGGUAACCUUCGAAAUCUUGAAUCAUUGAAGCUGAAUGAUAAUUUUCUAUCCGGAAACAUCCCGGAAGAGGUUGGAAAUCUAACCAAACUAAGGGAAUUUUCGGUUGGAAAGAAUCAUUUCUUCGGCGGAAUCCCAUCUUCGAUUGAAAACAUCAAGGGACUCGAAUCACUGGACUUAUCUGAAAAUUCAUUCUCCAUGGAAAUUCCGGCGAGCAUUGGAAAACUACCCAACAUGAUCUUACUUGAUCUGAGCAAGAACCAGUUCCCAGGUCCUAUACCACCAUCGAUUCGAAACUUGAGCAAGUUAGAAACCCUUCGGCUACACAACAAUAACCUAGCAGGCGAAAUCCCUACAUGGUUAUUCGAGAUCAAAACUUUAAAGAAUUUGUUCAUUGGAGGAAAAGAAAGCAACUUGAUUUGGAAGAACAAAGCAAAGAUCGUUCCAAGAUUUAGUCUAGAACAGCUCUCCAUGUCAUCUUGUGGAAUUUCCGGUGAGAUUCCUGAAUGGAUUUCUUCACAGAAAGAUUUGAUUUUUCUUGAUUUGAGUGAGAAUCAAUUGGAGGGAGGAUUUCCAGAUUGGCUCGCGGAAAUGGAAUUUGAAGGUAUAGUCCUUUCAGAUAACAACCUCGCCGGACCUCUCCCACCUCGUUUAUUUGAAUCCAUGAGUUUAUUGAUCCUUGCUUUAUCCCGGAAUAACUUCUCUGGUGAAUUGCCGGAAAAUAUAGGCAACGCUAAAGGGAUCAUGGUUCUUAUGUUGUCAGAUAACAAUUUCUCCGGUCAGAUUCCUAAGUCCAUGGCUAGCAUUUUCUUGCUAAUGCUUCUGGAUUUGUCCAAAAACAAAUUUUCCGGCGACAGUUUUCCUAUUUUUAGAGAUACCCGUCAUCUUGUUUACGUAGACCUGUCCUACAACGAUUUCUCCGGCAAGAUUCCGAUGAAUUUCUCAUUAGAUACCCGGAUUCUUUCUUUUGGUGGUAAUAGAUUUUCCGGCGAUCUACCCAGAACUUUGACUAAAUUUGUCAACCUCGAACAUCUUGAUCUUCAUGACAAUGAAAUUACUGGAAAUUUUCAAGAUAUCCUCCCUCAAAUCCCAACCCUUCAAGUCAUAAGCUUAAGAAACAAUUCCGUUGAAGGAUUUAUCCCGAGAACAAUCUCCAAUAUUACUUCUCUUCGGAUUCUUGAUCUUUCCGGGAACAACCUAAUCGGAAGCAUUCCACCGGAAAUUGCAAACCUUUCAAGCAUGAUUAAGACUCCGCAAAUGUCAACAUCUGAUUACAUUCUCCCAUCUUACGUUACCAACGUUGACAUUUUCAAUAACGUCAUUGAGUUUCAGGAUUUGAUUGUGAACUGGAAGAAAUCUUUUCAAGGUCUUGCAAGUCGCAACCUUGAUAUCUACUCGUUAUUGGACUUAUCUGAAAACCAGAUAUCAGGUGAAAUUCCGGCGUCGUUAGGCAAUCUCAAAAGCCUGAAAGUGCUCAACGUUUCACACAACAGGAUCUCCGGGCAAAUUCCGGUGUCUUUUGGGGAUCUGAGGGAUGUAGAAAGCUUGGAUUUUUCAUACAAUGAACUCUCGGGUUUGAUUCCUCAAACACUAUCGAAGCUUGACCAACUCACAAUUCUAGAUGUGAGCAACAACAGGCUGACAGGUAAGAUUCCGAUGGGUGGGCAAAUGGACACGAUGAAUGAGUUGGAUUAUUUUCAAAACAACAAUGGAUUAUGCGGGAUGCAGAUUGGGAUCAUAUGUCCUGAGGAUAUCCCACCACCUGAAGAAAGAGAGGAGGAAGAUGAUAAAGAGUUAUGGUUUUUGUGGGAGGGGACUUGGAUUGGUUUUCCUAUUGGAUUCUUCUCAUCGAUUUUGGUCAUGGGCUACUUUCUGAAUUUUUUAAAUUUCUUCAAAUUUUGGUGA